AUGAGGAUUGUACUGGUUCUAUCUCUUGCCGCUGCUCUGUGUGCGGUUCUCUUCGCGGGUCCCAACCCAAAACCUACACCAAAACCACGACCAACCAAAGCUCCAGUACAAUCCUCCUGCAAGGCCAUCUGGCUCUUCACUACUCCAUGUGCCGAAAUCAACAGUACCCUCAUUCAACAAGUCAAAGUCUUCAGUCCAAAUGCUGGUUGUGGCGACUGCAACUACUUGUUUGUGUCAGCUGACAAUGUGACGCUCACGGUGGACCACACAUCUGCCGAUGGGUUUGGGGCUGAGACCAUCUCCUUCAAAUUCACCCCCAGUUUAUUGGCUCCGGGCUGUCAGAUGUUUGUCCAGUCUCAGUCUAUUGGACCAACGACAACAACAGAUGACGCUAUCAACUACUGUAACAUUUAUAAUCUUCUCACAGGAAGUGGACUGGACUUGCAGCCUGGGUUUUUAGACAAAACAAACAAGUGGGUCUGUCCAGCAAUCGCUCUUACCAAAUGUACCACGCAGUAA